UACGUUAGUGUGGAAUGCAUACAUAUAUAUGUAAUACAUGUGACAAUAAAAUGUUAGAAGUUAUUGAUAAAAACAGCUAAUACGGAUUGAAAAUGGCUCUCGGCUAUCUUACUUUAAAUUUAAUAAUGAUGGAAGAUCAUGUCCAACACCUUGAACGAAGAGUAGAGAGACAAUUGUUGCGAACAACAGAAAAUCCAUUUGAUUUGACAAAUAAUGAAUUGGAGUUGUACCGCUUAACACCGGACUUAAUUUUUGGUCUUGUCGAUGCAUUAGAACCUCGAUUACAGCGGACAAGGAUCACUGGUUUGGCUGUAGAAAAACAAGUAUUAUCGGCAGUAAGAUUUUAUGCAACUGGCUGCUUUCAACGUCCAGUAGGUGAACAGUGGGGCAUUUCGAUGAGCCAGACAUCGAUUAGCAGAUGUAUACACAAAGUAACAGAUGCGAUCAAUGAAUUAAUAUUUAGACAAUGGGUACAAUUUCCAAUGACUCCAGGAGCCAGGCAAUUAGCAAGAAUGAAAUUUCAAAAUGCACGUCAACCGUUUAAAGGAGCUAUCGGAGCGAUUGACUGUACUCACAUAGCGAUCCUUGCUCCCAAAGAGCAUGAAGAAGCCUACAUUAAUCAUCAUGGAUAUCAUUCAUUGAAUGUGCAAAUGAUAUGUGACCCUAAUUUAAAAAUACUCAACGUUAAUGCAAGAUACCCUGGAGCACGACACGAUGCAUAUAUAUGGAAUGCUUCUGCUGCGCGACGAGUUAUGGAACGCGCGUACAAUCGUGGUGAACGACAAACAUAUCUUAUUGGUGAUUCAGGUUAUCCGUUAGAACCGUGGCUAUUAACUCCUUUGCCACGAGAGCCGGAAGGAACUCCACGUUUUGCAUAUAACGAAGCAUUAUGUAGCGCAAGAAAUUGUAUUGAACGUCUCUUUGGUGUUUUGAAGUCUACCUGGAGAUGUCUGUCUCGCCACAGAGUUUUGCAAUAUGAGCCUGGCUUUGCUGGAAGAAUUAUCAACGUUUGCGCAGUCCUCCAUAAUAUGCGGAAUUAUUACGGCAUAUUUAAUGAUGAUCUAUUAGAUGAGUAUAAUGAUAACGAACAUAUAUAUGAAAAUUGUAAUAAUGCUCAUGAUAUAAAUUUGGAUAAUAAUAUUCGUGGACCUCUUGCUAUUGCACGUCGCAUUCAAGAUCGUUUAAUAGCAGAAAGAUUUACUAGAUAAAAUUGCACAAUGUAUAAUGUAUAAUAUAUGUAUAAUAUAAGUAUAAUGUAAAUUUAAAAUAAAAGACUGAAAUUUUUUAAAACUUGAGUUAGCAUACUAUAAUAAAAAUGUUUAUAACUAGUUAAAAUAUAGCAAAUUGUAUUCAAUCGUGAAUGAAUUUAAUA